CUCUGGAUCACUCGACCACGGAACAAAGGAGGGAAUGGAGCUCUCUCACUGCUUUCUCCUGCUCAAUCGUCCCAAGUUCAGUCUCUUGGAAAAUUCGACACAGUUAACCCGCUCCUUCUACAUAACUGGAAAUCAGUACAAAAUAAGCUCGCGUUAAGCAGAUGAAAACCAUAUUUCUUCCCCUAAAUUUAAAUUCGAACGACUACCCUCAAACCCUCAAAUCUUUGUUAUAAGUCGUGACUAUUUCAAGUUUUAUUUUUUAAUGCCCACAUUUUUGCCCCUUAAAAUCUCGGACUCUCAGAAUAACCAUAAUCUAGUGUUUAAAUUGUCAACCAAAUUGGGGAAAAAUUGCGAUUAAAAAAAUCAAAUCAGAGGCAUCACCGUCACGAUCUCAAAUUCCCAAUGCAGUAAUAAAUAAGCCAUUUCAAAUUGCAUUUUCGUCGUACAGUGUUUGUGAAAUUGUGUUGUGCUGGAAAUUACGACCUCUGCUGUGUGUUGUUCUAGUUGCGAAACUUGUUAGAAGUGUAUCAUCCUUGUACGUAUCGAAGAUCUUCUGCUAAUAAAUCAUCGCUGGAACUGAAAGUAGAUUUAGUUAAUAAAUAAAUGGUGUUGGCUGUUGAUGAUAAGUAAGCAGUGGUGUGUGGAAGAAUAGGAAACUAGAUGAAACACCAAUUAAUUACUUGCAGAAUACCGCUGGGAAAUAAACACUGAGUUUGUCCAUCCAACUGUUCUUCUGAUUUAUCCAGCAGCGUUGUAUUGGGCUUGGAAAUUAUACAUGCAGGAAGGAAAAAGCUAUCCAUUUUCUCUCCCCAGUUUUUCAUCGGCCUCAACAUCACAGGAAAAUAAGCAUAGUGUUGAGUGCUAGUGAAAGUACAAACUUGUUUUAUAUUCGAUGAAUUGAAUCUGACAUACCGAAGACGGAUGAUGGACUGUGCUAUCAAAGAAGAGUCCAAACCAACGUUCAGUCCUACUCACCUACCGCGACUGCAACUCUGUGCAUGAGUGAUGUGUUGAAAAUUGAGAGGUUCCUCGCCUCUGCAUUUGGACAAAUUUUAAAUUAAUAUACAUGUCCCGAAGAACCCGAGAAACAACAAUUUCAGCAGCAAUAAACCGGAACAGUAUGAAAAGAAUGAAUUUCUGAGUUUGCUUUCAUCAUUGUGCAUUCUCGCAGACAAGAGGACAGGAACAGAUAGGACGAGCAUGGAAAAAGUACCUCCGUACGCAUGCAUGUACACUGAAACAGAAUUUCGUCGUGAAAUUAUUCCCCUCACAUCACAACACCACCAACGACAAAAACCUUUCUUAAACGUCUAUUUGCCAAAAUAAAAUUCCAAAUCUCCAAUAAAUCCUCCGUCAGUCUAGAAUUUGCCUGAAAACCUCAAAACAUGAUUGCGCAUAAGCCAUUUGAAUAAAUCAUGCCGACGGUCCCAAUGUGUAGGAAAGAAAACGACAAAAUGUGGGGCAAGUAAACGACAAGAUUUAGUGGAAAAGGUUAGAAUAACACUGAUAAAUUAAUAUUCUCUCCAACGCGCUGCUUUUAGUGCAAGCACCUCCUCAACGUUGAGAAUAUACGAGCAUCGCAUACCUACGUACGUACGUACAUAUAUAUCACUACACAUACACACAUAGACACAAAUAUAUACCAGUGAGCCCCACCACUUGUUUACUUUCUCCUCUUAACUGAUGGCUGACUUUAUUUCAUGUGAUCCAACUUGGCGAUAAAGCCCAGUCUUCAAUCAGCGGUGGUGAAAGUGCCAGACGAGACCGUGGACGCUUUACUCUACUUUCUUAUCUCCAGAGACGAGAGGGAGACGUGAAUUGUUUCAAGUCUGUCAAGAGUGACAAGAGUUUAACCGUUUCACCCACCAAACACCGCAGUGCAAUUGACUCCCUGGCGUCCCCUGCAAAACAUGACGUGACCAUGUUUUAACUUGUGCCGUAACCUACUUUUGAGAAACUUUGAAAGCUGAUUACUGAGGCGCAACUAAUUGACUCUGACCAGUGGUGUCGACCACAAAUAUGGAAUAACUCUUGUAUAUAUCAAUAAUAGACUAUGGGCAUCGACCGACCCAUGCACCACAGAUGUACAUACAAGUGUGCAUGCGGUAAUAUUUCGAGAAGUUGGCGAAAUAACUUUGCAAUUAUGUUGUCAUCCAGGUUUCCUUCAAAAUUGGCAAUGCAGCUCACCUUGGACACAUGUCAACUUGUAUGAUGUCAAGCCAAAACCAUACUGCAAUAUCAUCAAAUUUGAACCAUUAGCUUGAAAUAAACAGGAAAUGCCUGUUGCAGAGUGUCAAUUAAAAUCAAAACUUGUAUAAAGUAAACAAGCACUGUUCAUUUGUGGUGUGUGAAUACCGAAUGCUUUUAGUUGUUCCAACGUUACCAUCCAUUGUUUCAGGAGUUUGAAAUAUUUAGUUGUCAAUAAAACUAAAAAAAAUCUUCCAGACUCUCCUCCUUCUCCAAACUUGUAUAUGUACCUUGAGUUCCAAAGACUAGGAAACAUGGGAAAAUACGAAGACCACGAAACUGACGGCUGGAAUUUAACUGCGAAAAUAAAAACAUCUUGCUCACGCAGAGUUUAUCAUGGGAGCAGUAUCAGUGUUUUAUUUGUGAUGGUAUUGACAUUUUGUUGUUUUGCGUUGAAUGUAAAGUGGGCGUUUGCAGCGUCGUCAUCCUCCCCCUCGCACGUUUCGGCGGGUGUCAUUAGCAGUGAGUAUAAUAACAGGUUGGACGAAAGUUUACAACAAUUACACCAGCACAAUGAUGUACGACCACAGGAGGAUGAGUCCUUUCUCCUCAAUGAAGUUGACGACGACGUUCAAUCCGUGCCAGAAAUAGAAGUGGAUGCAGUUGUUGGGGGUCGAGCCGAGCUUCCUUGUGAUGUCAAUCCACUCCCACUUCGGCGUGAUGACGCAGUUCACAUGGUAUUCUGGUUCAGAGAUGAUUUUGGGAAACCAAUUUAUAGCCUCGAUGUUCGUGGACGGCCGUUUGUAACAGCACGUCAUUGGUCGUCAAACCAAUGGUUCGGAAGUCGGGCUCAUUUUAGACUCAUUUCGGAACCUGCUCGUCUUGUGAUCGAAAAUGUCAAAUUAACUGAUGAAGGAGUUUAUAGGUGCAGGGUCGACUUCCGAAACUCUCCCACAAGGAAUUUCCGCUUUAACCUAACCGUCCUUGUGCCUCCUGAGGCUGUGGCCGUGCACGACUCAUCGGGAAGACUACUCACCAACUCAAUUGGCCCCUUACGCGAAGGAUCCGAUCUGACACUUUCAUGCCACGUUCGAGGAGGAAAGCCUCCUCCUCACGUGGAGUGGCGGAUCGCGCCCUUGUCGGGAAUGGGAGAGGAGACUGUAUCUUCAAAGGAACCCAUCAUUCGUCAAAGCGGUGGAGUUUCAGUCAAAAAGUUGAAAAUCUCGGCUGUCCAUAGAGAAAUUCAUGGUGCUAAUUUGACAUGUGUUACGUUCAACUCCAACCUGACUGAUAUGCUAAGUGCGUCACUGAAGCUCAAUUUAUACCUGAGACCCCUCUCGGCUCGGAUCGUGCAAGUCGACCGGUUGGUAGCAAAUCAGCGGCAUCAGAUUGAAUGCAUUGCAACUGGGAGCAGACCUGAAGCAAUGAUAACGUGGUGGAUUGCGAACAGGCAACUUACCGACGUGAACAUACUGAAAGAUGAAGACUCGUCCAUGGACCUGAGCCAGGUUGGGGUCGGCAGAGAGACUGAUGAACUAGAGAGCAAUGUAACGAGGAGUAGCUUAAGCCUCGUUCCGUCCUACGAUGAUGACGGUGAAAAAAUAACAUGUCGAGCAGAAAAUCCAUGGGUGCCACGUAAUUCCGGGAGCCAAGUGGAGGACUCGUUGGUGCUUCAUGUCGUUUAUCCACCCCAACCAGUUCUGAAAUUGGGGACACCGCUGAAGGAGACCGACUUGAAAGAGGGUGACGACGUCUACUUUGAGUGCCAGAUAAAAUCGAACUCUCCAAUUCAUAAGCUGAAAUGGAUGUUCAAUGAUCGUCAAUUACAACACAACGUUACAGCCGGUGUUAUUCUAAGCAACCAAACUUUAGUGCUCCAGCUGGUUACGAGAAGGAACGCUGGAAAUUAUACAUGCCAGGCAUCCAAUAUGGUGGGAACAACGGUCUCCAAUGUAUUUCCUCUCAGGAUUCAAUAUGCACCCGUAUGCAAAAGUGAUAAGAGCGAAGUGGUCGGAGUGUCCAAGGGAGAGCGAGUGUCAAUCAAAUGUGAAUUGGACUCAGACCCGGAAGACGUCAGUUUCAGAUGGGACCUGGCUUCAUCGGGACAAAUGGUCCAAGUUCCGCCCUCUAGAUUUACCAGCAUGAAGAGAUCCAGCAUUCUCUACUACUCACCAGUCUCCAACCUGGACUACGGGUCUUUGUUCUGUCGGGGAACAAACCAUGUCGGCAUUCAGAUGGCUCCGUGUGUCUUCCAGAUCGUGGCUGCCGAGAAACCAUCCCAAGUGACAAAUUGCACUGUGUUUAACGAGACAAGUGAAUCAGUGGAAUUGAGCUGUGACGAAGGCCAUGAUGGAGGUCUCCCACAACAUUUUGUGUUAGAAGUGUUUGACAGUGACUCUUCCGAAAUGCGCUACAAUGCAUCGAGUAAUAUGCCGUCAUUUCAUUUAGGAAACUUAACACCUAUUGGCAAAGGAUUUCGCGUGUUGGUCUAUUCUGUGAAUGCCAAAGGACGAGGAGAACCUCACCGUAUUGAUGAGCUUGUCAUAAGACAAUCGGAAAAGUAUGCAGCCGUUAAAUGCAAAACUAUCUUUUGCGCAGCUGUGACGCCUUCGGACUAUUCAUGGAUUUCCUUCACCCUCUCGGUGGCCAUUGGGGGCACGGCCGUCUUCCUCUGCGUCGGUUCUGUCGUCAUUGUCAAACUGAUCCUUUUCCGUUCACGUCAAAUGAAACGAGAGUCAAGCAAGAAACAUAAUCACGACGACUCGAUGGGGAAAACCUCAUCAGCCGACCUGCAGGCUCAUGGCAUUCAAUUUGAUUCCAAGGACUUGCUCUCCACUGAUGACAAGGACCCCGACAUAUUGGUACACAUUGGACAUGUUGGCGGACAAGAUCAUAAUGUUAUUUCUCCUGCAAUACUAUUAUCCAGAGGUGCUACUUCUGCUAAUGGCGAUAGGCCGGGAAGAUAUACUGCCACUUUACCUCCAAACUCUACUUCUUCUUCUUCAUGCUGCCUUCAAUCAAACAUGUCAUCAUAUCCAACGAUGGAUCAUCACCAACUACAUCCCAGCUCAGAUUCGGCCUACCAUUACCAAGGGGUAAAUGCUCAUCAACAAUUCGACCGUCACCACCAGUACUAUGGGAGUGACCUCGGAGGAAGCCCUGGAUCCGGAGGGAACUAUGCCCAACAACAUCAGCAGCAGCAAUAUCAAAUUGGACAAAGUCCGAUGAACGAGCUUGAUAACUUCAGUAGCAUAAGUACCCUCAGACAACCCAACCACCACCACCAUCAACCAACUCAUCCCAGCACCGCUGCUGCUGCUACUUCUGAUCCAUAUUAUGAUACCAAAGUUAUGAAACAAAAACUACUGUCCGUGAACGUCCCAGAAAGUUGUGUAUGAUCAGCGAUUUCCAUCAUCUCUGUGUAAGCGAAAUUUGCCCAAUCUCCAGUUCAUCUAUAUUUUAUUUAUUUGUCUAUGUGUAGUAUACGUAAUAAACUGGGUCUGCUAAAUAUUCCACAAAAUUCAAGGAAAACUCAGGGUUUUCAGUGUGUAUUCAUAAUAAAUAUGUAAUAACUAUGCAUAUUCUUUAAGCCGUCGCCAGUAUUAUUUUGUACUUGUCAUCAAGAAUGAAUAAAUGCAAAUUUUAAUUAAAAUUUA